AUGAACAGUGCAUUCCUUUAUGCCUCAAGGUUAUCUCAUAAGAGAGAUAAGGGACCCCUUGAUAAGUGUCAAAUUUUUGAUCCAAAAUCCCAGGUUGAGCAUAAAAUCAACUUGCUUCUGCAACACUUAAAAACCUGCAAUUUCGCAAUUGUUCACAGCGGUGCAGGAGUCUCUACUUCCAGUGGAAUUUCAGACUUUCGUGGGCCCUGUGGUAUAUGGACAAUUGAGAAGAAUUGCGGUAAGAAACUCCAAGUAGAUAGCGACUGUACCUUAAGGGAUAAUAGUUUGGUUGUUCAGUAUGGCAAGGUUUUCCAAAAGGCUGUAGAUAUUUGGCUAGCAUUACCAUCUAAAGUACAUUUGAUUAUCGCAAAACUAGUUACUACUGGCCAUAUCAAACAUAUUAUUACGCAAAAUGUGGACAGUUUGCACAAUUGUAGAGGGCUCAAAUUCUCUCAAAUUUCUGAACUGCAUGGGAAUUUGUUUGUUGAGGCCUGUGAGGUAUGUGGUAGAAGGUACUUGCGUGCGUUUGUAAUACCAUCAAUUAGUUUCAUGCCAAGUGGGCAUUAUUGUGGUUUAUGCUCAUUUCCACCAGUGGGGAUUUGUACAGAUGUUGUGUUAGAUUGGUUUGAUUCAUACGAUCCGUUAUAUGAAUAUCAGGCGAUUCAUUACAGUAAACUGGCAGAUUUACAUUUGUGUCUAGGCAGCAGCUUAGCGAUUCAGCCAGCUUGCGAAUAUCCCUCUGUUGAGUAUUAUCGUCGUCCUGAUUCUAAUUUGUACAUUGUAAACUACCAGAAGACGUCACUUGACGAUGAAGCAACUCAAGUUAUUCAUGAAGAUGUCAACUAUGUCAUUACUCAGCUCGUUUCUAACAAUUUUAAUGAGAAUUCAGUGAACGUAUCAUAUGGUGUAAGAAAGAGGUUUAAAAGGGCAGCAGCUCAAAAAUCGGCGCUAAAUAUGGAUAUGAUCAACAAAUAUGGUAAAACUAUGAAAGACAUUGACCUUACAGUUCAUAAAUCACAUGUAAAAUCAGAAACUGGCACUGAUGUGGAUAUUAAAAAUGAAGAUAGUAGAGGCGUACAUGGCAUUGAAAUGAAGAUCAAGAAUGAAUGUAAUGAGUUUCCAUUUGAUGAAUCUGAAAUAUAUUGUGACAAGAGUGUAUACCUGACUAUUUUGCGACUGCCUUUAAAUAGCCCACAUGAUUUGUAUUACAUGGAAUAUUUACCGAUACUGAAAAAUAAGGAACAGCCUGAUCCAAUUUACCCAGAUAUGGACUGGCAAUUCUAUCCCUUGUCACAAUCCGAUAUAAAGGAAAACACUUUACAAAUAUUCCUUGUUAAAUGCGCCUCCAUAGUUUCAAUUGAUGGCGUAAGUGCCCAAGCUGUAGACAGUGUGAGAGGUUUGUGGAAGAUAACAAUCAACAAUGAUACAGCUGUGACGCUGAAUAUGUGGUACAAUACUAGUAUCUCGUUUAAAUUGAUCUACAAUGAUCAAUCGAAAGGCAUAGAAGGGAAUUUGUUUAAAUGUGUAAUAGCAUAUGCGGAUGGAAAACAGGUUCCCAAAGUAUCUCUAUGUACUAGAGAGGUUACGUUAUCUACACCAUUGGUCAAUGUAAUAGGGUAUAAUAUGAGCUUCAACGGGCACAUUGGCGAUAAGGAUGACAAGUGUCUAAUGGGGCUGAUUGCUACGUUAAGCUGCGGUGAAGAGGAUUAUAGUAACCUCCCAGAGUACGAGUCGAUAAAAUCAUUUCAAUUGAUUUAUAAUGCAUUUACUGUGGUAUGCAAAACACUAAAAGUUUCAGGCAACAACCUCACAGAGCCUACAAGUCAUAGCAUGUCUGCACAGCCCCUUUUUCGUUUAAUUUUGAAGAAUUUCAGCGAAUUAAAUGGCAAUAAGCCCAUACAAAGCAUAAUAUCAGUUGAAGAUGUGUCAUAUUUGCCUGUGAUUCGGGUGAACAAGGAUUGCUUAGGUGAACUGGUGGUUGAUGGUGCCUGUAACAUAUUUGGCAAUCCUCUAAAAGUGCCUCCUAAGAAGCGUAGAUUCACAAAUGUUUGUUUUUUGAAGCCUGCAUCGGAUGGAUUAAGUCGAUUUGAGCAGCUUACAAUUAACUAUCUGUACAAGCAUUUACACGAUGCAAGUGUGAAGGGUGUUAGUGACCAAUUGCUUGGAGAAUUAAUUGCAAGGAUCCCUUUGUGGACCAUAAACUAUUUGACUGAUAUUUUAGAGUGUCGUUGA